CAAAGCCUCUCCGGAUGGAAUGGCAGCUUCUAAGGAAGAAAUUGCGGCAUCACCUGCAAUAAACGCUCACGAAAUCCCCGAUGGCGGAUUGAGGGCAUGGAUGACGGUUAUUGGCGCGUUUCUCGUCGUCUUUGUGUUCUUCAGGCUGCGUCAAUUGCUACGGUAUUACUACGUCCGUGAAUUUUUAAGCGACCACUCGUCUUCAAGGAUUAACUGGAUAGGUAGUGUUCAAAUCUUGGGUUUGGGGUCCUUGGGCAUAUAUUCAGGCUUUGCCAUGGACCGGGAACACUUCCGGUCUGUCAUGCUGGCGAGUUCGACCUUGCUCGUGUUUUCUCUCUUCAUGACGUCCCUCACUGAAGAGCAGAAAUUCUGGCAGAUCUUUCUUGCGCAAGGCAUUGGGAUAGGCAUAGCCGUCGGCAUCGUCUAUGUUCCCGUGCUUGGCGUCGUUUCACAUCAUUUCAAGAGAUGUCGGUCCCUUGUCAUAGGCAUUGUUGAAUCUGGAUCUCCGUUGGCGGUCUCGUCCACCCGUGCGUUCUUUAAUCUCGGGUUGUUGAUACUGGCAAACGUACCGAUGACGACCCGUCUGCCACCACGCCUUGGAGGCACAAGCUUUGCUGAGCAGCUGGCUUACUGGAAACGCUUCUUCACUGGCAAAGCAUAUCUGGUGGCCAUUGCGGGAAACUUUAUUCUGUUCUUAGGAGUCUAUUUCCCUACUUUUUACCUCCAGCUGAACGCCACUGAACAUGGCGUAAACGAAAAUCUAGCUUUCCAUACGAUCGCGGUCUUGAAUGGCGCAGGGGCAUUUGGACGGGUCAUGCCAACAAUUGUUGUAGAUCGUAUCGGCGUUUUCAACUCGAUUGUCCCAUGUGCCAUUGCAUGUGGGGUGCUUGUUUUUGUUUGGGUCGCCAUUACAAGUCCAGCUUCGGUAAUGGUUUUUGCCGUCCUCUAUGGGUUCUUCUCUGGUGCAGUGAUUUCUCUCCUUGGCCCGAUGAUUACAUACCUAACAAAAAAUGUCUCCGAAGUUGGAGCACGACUCGGGGUGUAUAUUGGUAUUGCAGCUGUCGGAGGCAUGAUUGGACCUCCCAUUAGCGGUGCCCUAAUCACUAGUACAUAUAACGGGCAGACAGUGGCUACGGCCUGUGAUAUUCAGUGGAAUAUGUUGCGUCGUCAGCGGUUUGACUCUCGUGCUCGCUCAAGUCCUUCCACCACGGAGUAGAAAUUGAUGGUGGCGUCUAGAAUUAAAAUUUGAUGUCCUCAUAAU